CCUUUAAUCUGACGGCACACAUCACAAAGUCAGCGAGGCUUCAGGCUGCCGGGCAUUUCUUAGCUCGUGUGUGUGUGUGUGUUAUGUGUGUACGAGUGUGUGUGUGUGUGUGUUUGUGUAUGUUUUUUCCCCCACUUGGCUUUUGGUUCCUGUGUGAGGUUUGGGAAGGUGCCUGGGCGCACACACACACCGGUACAUGCAGCGGUUUUUCGCUGGAGAACCUGCCUGACCAUCCCUCGGAUCUUAACAAGAUCAGUCGACAAUCUGCUCCAACUCAUCUGAAGUCCGGAUUCUGGUGAUCCUGAAGAGGAGGAGAGAGGGGAAAAAAAGGAUCUGCAACCAGAAAGAAGCCUUGAGUAAUCCUGUGGGUAAAAAAAGAAAGAAAGAAAGAAAGAAAAAAUCAGAGACUGAAGCGACCUGCCUGCAUAAUCACCCAACACGUAUACAGACUGCUUCAAUUAGUGCAGAAACAAAAAAGAAAAGAAAAAAAAAAGUUUGUUGUAAAUUUCUUGAUCUGAAAAUCUCUGAGGCUGAAAGAGUUUGGCAAUAUCAGAAGGCCAGGAUGAGCAAAGCUGCCAGUUCAACAAGUGGCUGUUUGGAUAUUUUAAACGUCAAAUCCAGUCGGAUUCUGGAUAUCCCGUGCAAGGUGUGUGGAGACCGAAGUUCAGGGAAACACUACGGAGUUUACGCAUGUGAUGGAUGCUCGGGAUUCUUCAAGAGGAGCAUACGGAGGAACAGGACGUACGUGUGCAAAUCUGGCACUCAGGGAGGCUGCCCAGUGGACAAGACGCACCGGAACCAGUGUCGCGCGUGUCGCUUGAAGAAGUGCCUAGAAGUGAACAUGAAUAAAGAUGCCGUGCAGCACGAGCGAGGCCCAAGAACAUCGACCAUCCGCAAGCAAGUGGCGCUUUACUUUCGGGGCCACAAGGAGGUGAACGGAUCCUCCUCGCACUUUCCCAGCACGUCCAUCCCCGGGCUGCACUUCUUCACCACAGUCACUCAACUCGAGACUCACAGUCUGGAAUUAAACACGGUGCCGAGCACACCAGAGCGCCAGGGCAUGGUGGGGCUCGCGCAGCCCACUCCUAAAUAUCCCCAUGAAGUCAGCGGUGCACCCAUGUAUCUGUACGAAGUGGCCACGGAGUCUGUGUGUGAAUCGGCCGCGCGCCUCCUGUUCAUGAGCAUCAAAUGGGCCAAGAGCGUUCCUGCUUUCUCCACACUCCCUUUACAAGAUCAGUUGAUCCUAUUAGAGGACGCCUGGAGAGAGCUGUUCGUCCUGGGUGUAGCGCAGUGGUCCAUCCCAGUGGACUCAAACACCCUGCUUGCAGUUUCAGGGAUGACCACAGAAAACACGGAGUCCCAGAGGCUAAACAAGGUGGUGUCAGAGAUCCAGGCGCUGCAGGAAGUGGUGACGCGUUUCCGGCAGCUGCGACUGGACGCGACGGAAUUCGCGUGCCUCAAGUGCAUCGUUACCUUUAAAGCCGUUCCGACGCACAGUGGAGCUGAACUGAGGAGCUUUCGAAACGCCAGCGCCAUCGCAGCACUCCAGGACGAAGCACAGCUCACACUCAACAGCUACAUCCACACCAGGUACCCGACUCAGCCGUGCCGCUUCGGGAAGCUGCUGCUGCUUUUGCCUGCGCUGCGUUCAGUCAGCGCGUCUACAAUUGAAGAAGUGUUCUUCAGGAAGACGAUCGGAAACGUGCCCAUCACACGGCUUCUCUCUGACAUGUACAAAUCAAGUGACAUAUGAACGUCUUAUUUCCACCCAACAGGACAGAAAAAAAAAAAAAAGCUGGUCUGGGAAAGUGACACACUGUCUCAGGCCAAGUAACAAAAGUGACUUACGAUAUGAUUAUAUCGUAAUGUACAAGAGAGAACGGCUAUAAUGGUUCUGGAAACAUCUCCAUGCCACCUCUAAAGCAGACGGCAUAAAAGACAGCAUUUCUAGUGGGAGAAACUCUAAACUAUAAAGACUGUGGUGGCUGAACAAGUUCUGUUCACUGGUUAGGAAAAAAAAAAAUGUUACACUGUGGGAUACUUUGUGACUAAUUUUCAUCUAAUCUUUUUAAAUCUACUUAUUGAGAUAACUUUCAUGAUUUAUUUUCCCCCCAAAAAUUAGACAGCAGAGGCAUUUUUUUGAAUUAUGUGGGUGGACUCAGAUGUGUACAAUCACGUAAUGAUUACUUAUUCAUAGGACAUUUUACAGUCUCUAGAAGACCAAUGAGCUUUCCUACCAAUGUUGUUGUUUUUUUUUUUUGGUUUCACCGGUUUGACUGAGAGCUACGAAAAAAGAUUUUUAAAAAAAAAAAAAAAACGAGAGAGACACUGAAUCCCAAAUGGCUUGGCAGACUUUUAUAGGGAGUAGGGGUCCAUUUCAGAUGCAGCCAGCCGGAGACACGAGACAGGUCGUGAGGUCCUGUCCAUUAGGAGAAGGUCUCUGUUCCUUUGACACAGUGCUGAAAACCAAAGGCUCAUGCACCUGAACUCAUCAGAACAUGACUCACACUAAAGCAGGAGUGGGCGAUAAUACUACUUCUCUUUUCCAGCCAUAUCAAGGUCAUUCUUGGAAGAGGCCAUCAUGAGUUCUGGACUAAAAAACAUGAUUUUUUUUUUUUUUAAGAAGCAGAAACCAUAUUUGCACAGAAAAUUGUGGGUCAAUCCUAAUCACAAUCCCAGUUGGGUAGUGAGCCAAGUGUACAAGUCUUCUGAUGUGCAUAAAGAAGACUGCUUUGUGAUUUCAAGAAAAACUAACAUGCAGAGAAUGGCUUAGGUGUUAGUUUUUUUGGUUGUACUUUGAAUUUAAAUCACAGGGUUAUUAAAUAGGGACCCCUGAACUGCUCAUCUCUAUGACAGGAUUAGAUUAGCCCUCCUUUUGGAUAAAAAAAAAAAUCUGCCAGAUGAAUAAAUGUAAUAAUCGAUACCCUCAGUUCACCCAUCCCUACUAGGUAGUGCACUACUCUCUCGUUCCUGCUCCGCCAGCACAUGUGGAACUCUUCUUUACCCAGAUGAUGUGAACGGAAAAAGCGACAUCCCGACCUGGACAUACUGCACCAUUUAGCGCUGUAGUAUGCAGUUUUGGAUGUAGCUAACGAUUCUGCUAACGAUCGCUGCAGUGUGACCCCGUAAUUCUUCCGUAAUGUUUUAAAAACAAAACUGCCAAGUUUUUUUUUUUUUUUUGCAGCCUUUGAAUCUUACUUUUGAGUAGUUACUAACACACGUCCAGAAACAUGUUCAGCACUUGUAUUUUUUUGUAGUUUGUAAAUAUAUUCCUUGUUGUAAAAAGUAAUAAUUUUGUGAAAAGUUGUCUAAAUAUUAGAAUAAAUAUUGAA